AUGGUAUAUGCAAACUGUGAUCAUCUGGAAAGAAUCAGUUUAUGGGAUAGUCUGUAUAGUUUGGCUGAUCAUAUGGACUUGCCUUGGUUGGUGGGGGGUGACUUCAAUGUCAUUAUGAAUGAAGAUGAGAAGACUGGUGGUUUACCUGUAUUUCCAGAUGAAUAUGAAGAUUUUGCAUUUUGCACUAACUCAUGUGAGCUGUUUGACAUCAAUUAUAAGGGGAGUCUGUUUACUUGGUGGAGUGGGAGGGCAGGUAGUGACUGCAUUUUCAAGAGAUUGGAUAGAAUGAUUACAAACUCCAAAUUACAGGAUUGGUUUGCACAUAUGGAAGUGGAACAUUUAUCCAGAACUGGCUCAGACCAUGCCCCUUUAUUACUUACUUGUGGUGAAAUCUCAUAUCACAUAAGAAAGCCUUUUAGAUUUCUGAAAUUCUGGACAGAACAUGAAUCAUUCUUAGAGGUGGUUAAUCAGGCAUGGAGCACAGAUUUUGAAGGUGAUGAGUUUAUCAGCUUUAAGUCAAAGUUGAAGAAUGUGAAAACUACAUUAUCUGCAUGGAGUACAGCAACAUUUGGUGAUAUUUUCAAGCAGUUAACAGUAAGGGAAGAGGUGUUGAAAAUUAAAGAACAAUUAUUUAAAGAGGAUCCUUCUCCUAUGAAUAGAAUGGUGCUACAGCAAGCACAAGCAGAAUUGAAGAAGUAUGUUCACUAUGAGGGCGAAUUUUGGAGACAAAAGUCACAUGUGACAAGUUUUGCUGAAGGAGACAGGAAUACAAGAUUUUGUCAGCAGCAGUUCUCUCAAGAGGUUGAUCCAUUAGACUUUGAUUUGCUACAACAUGUUCCUAGUAUGGUUGAUCAGGAUACUAACAAUCAACUGGUCUUUGAGGUAUACAAUGUUGUCAAGGCUUUCUUUGAUGGGCAGACUCUUCCUAAGUCAAUCACACAUACCAACCUGGUACUAUUACCAAAGAAGAAUAACAUUGAGACUUUUGGUGAUAUGGGAUCAAUCCGUCUCAGUAACUUCAUCAACAAGGUUAUUUCUAGAGUGGUUCAGGAUAAGCUGGAAGGCCUUUUACCUUCUCUGAUAUCUCCUAACCAGUCUGGUUUUGUUAAGGGCAGAUGUAUCAUUGAAAAUGUCCUUCUAACUCAUGAAGUUGUGGCUGACAUUAGACUAAGAGGAAAACCAGCUAAUGUAGUGCUUAAACUUGACAUGGCCAAAGCAUAUGAUAGAGUAUCAUGGAGUUACUUGAUCAGAGUUUUAAGGAAGAUGGGAUUUGCAGAAGUGUUCAUAGAUAAGGUUUGGAGGUUGAUAGCAAAUAACUGGCAUUCCAUACUCCUUAAUGGCCAAGCUUCUGGUUUUUUCCACUCCACCAAGGGUGUAAAACAAGGAGAUCCACUCUCUCCUACUUUGUUCAUCUUAUCUGCUGAAGUUUUAUCUGGAGCAUUGAACUCUUUAUUUGAGAACAAGGAUUUUAGAAGCUAUGGAAUGCCGAAAUGGAGUGCAAAUCUGAAUCAUCUGGCAUAUGCAGAUGGCAAUAAUUUUUUCAUCUGCUGA